UACGGCAAUACACUUAAAGCAAAAAUAUUGCUUUAAGUUUAUAUGAAAAAAGGGAAAAAAUGGUCAAUUUUGAAAAAAUAGUUGGCUCCAUACAAAGGCAAUUGAUUCUCAAUGAUCCUGCGUGUAAUCAGCAAGCCAGUUUUUUACUCUUAACAAAUAUACUUGAAAUUGAUGAAGAAGCGUUUCUAAUAAGACUCGUUGACUCGGGAAUUAUCAGUAACGUAAUACGGAUCAUUGGUCCUGAAACUCAAGGGAACAUACUUAAAUCGAUAGAAAUUAUAACAAAUAACGAUGUUUUUUACAAAAAUGAUCUUGUCAAUGAAACAAUAACAAGUAUCACUAAAUGUGAUUUUACACAAUCACAAGAAGAGGCGACAGCAGCCUUAAAUAUUCUAUACAAAGUAGUCACCAAAGUAUUCGAAUUUAAUGAAUCUCAGGGGGCAUCUCUAAUUCAGAAGCAUGCGGACGGAUUAUUAAGUUUUUUUACACAACCAGCCUUUGAUCAAUGUUCUUUGCUCUCUGCAACGAAAUUGUUUAAUUUCAUAAUAAAAUAUAGUGCACCGGAAUUUAAACAAACUAAUUUUUCGAAUAUAGGGUAUAUUUACAGGCUAACAGUGGAUCAUUUAUUAAGUCUCGAAGUUGGUUCUGCACUUGACAUAAUUAGAACUAUUUGCUGUAUUUCAACUUCGGUAAUCAGAGAAAUUGGCAUUCCCGAGGGACUGCGGAAUAAGGUCAUACAUUUCUGGAUCGACAGAAGCAAUACCGAUCAAGAAUUUGAUGCUUUCAUAAAAGAAUGUCUUAAUCAAGGAUAUAGUGAAUUAAAAAUCAUCAAGCUUCUCAUGGGUUUUGUUCACGAGAAUUGUAUGGAACAUCUGGAUAACGUUACAGACGCUUAUGGAGCUCUUCUGCGAUAUAGAGAUGAAAUUCCAGAAGAUGUUGUAGUAUUUGUUUUGAAAACUUUAGCAGAUGAUCUCGCUAGUUACACUCCUAGUAAUUCACAUAUGUUGAAGAUAGUGCUCAGAUUUUCUUGCAGUUUGCCGACAUCCAAUUCUGUUUCUACCAGUAUUUUAAGAAUGUGUGCGAUAAAUAUAGGAAAAAUUCUAGUUCAAGAAGGUACUGACUUUGUUUUAAAGGCCCUUCUGAUCACCCAAGCGUCCUUUACUAUUCGUCACUCUUUAUCCGUGAAUGAUUCUAAAGUUGCAGAAAUAUUUCUGAGGAACGAUGAAUUUCUUGGUGAGGUUUUCAAAAGUGGCUUCUUUUCAAAAGGAAUAACAAUGGCUCGUAGUAUUAGGACCCUAAUAUGCUUAAUUUUUUGCCAAAUAAAGUUCAAUCUUCAGUGUAAAAGUGUAUCGCAAGUGACAUUCAAGGAUCUCCAGACUCUCUUGAUAAAAAUGAGAGAAAAUGGGUGCAACCAGAUGCUUGGUGUCGAAUUGAUCAAACUGCUAUUAAUUAAUACAGUUAAUAAUCCUUUAAUCGUCCUGUAUACACCGACAAAAUUCAAGCAUUUGAGUUACAUGUUAGAAGUUUAUUUCUUGAUUCACAUUAUUCAUGACGAGUCUCAGCCUGGCAAGGAAGAACAGACUUACGAAUGUCUCUCGGCAAUGCUUGACUACACAUUCGCUCAGAAGUUUAACAUAAAUAUUUUACUCAUAUGUGCUGGAACACCUGAUCUCGUGGAAAUUGCCACUGAUAGAAUUUUAAAGUCGAAUCAGUUAAAUUUAUCCUUCUUAGAUUUUGCCACCAAAUGGUUGACAUAUCGACAGGGUUUUCGUCAGCACGUGAGAAUGAAAAUUAAAUCAUUUGCAGAAAAAUCUGCAGAUAUUCUGAUUGGUUUUCGACCACAAGUAGACCACAUAAAAAAUGAGAGUUGCGUGAUAGUAGACGAUUUUUGUACAGCUGUGGACAAUUACUUCAAGAAUUUCUAUCAAUAAAGGUCAAGUUUAGGGAUGAAAACUGAUGUUUGCAGCAUCAUUUUAAAUGUAAAUUUUAUGUUUAUGUUUAUUUAUGUAAAUUUUUGUAUCGUUUAAGUGUUAAAAAUUAAAUUAUUGUAUAAUCAAUGGG